AUGCCUCCAACAAAACAAGAACUCUCCCUCCUCAUCAAUCCGCUUGUUCCCGAAUCCGUCCAACACAAUAACCGAGUCCUCACCCAGCUUCACUCCCUGACCUCCUUCCUCCUCGGUUUAACAGCAGGAAUCCUAGCGCUUCAAUCCGCCGCCGGCUUCAUUUUCUACUUCCUCGGUACGAUCACAGUCUCUGGUCUCUUCCAUCUCGCGCUCCUCUACCGAUCGGCGGGGAAAGGCGCAGGUGGGUACUUUCCUGGCGCGGGAGGCGAAAUUGAGGGUCUUGUGGUGCAAAAAGAUGGCAUUGUUAAGAAUGCAGGGAGUGGUAUGCGGAAGGGUGCCUGGAGGGAUGUGUGGUUUGGAGGUGGCGUGCUAGGGGAGGCCCUUAGUGGGUUUGUGUUGGGUUGGGCGGGUGUCGGUGGUGUAUUGAGGUAA